UCAUCUAUUCGGAGUUGUUAUAUACUUCGUGUUGAAAAAACUGUGAGAUUUCUGAACACAGUACUCUGUAUGCCAUCUAUUUAUAUGUAUUGUGCGUAGUUGUCGUGUAAAAUAUCCAUGAAGACGUACAGUCGAAGAAAACCAAUAAAAUUGAAAGACCUAAUUGGUAUUUGCCGACUUUGUUUAUCCAGCGAUGGUGACAGGCGUUGUAUUUUUAUGGACGAGGAAGAUAUUCCCCUGUCAGUGAAAAUAAUGACAUGUGCGUCAGUGCAGGUAUCUGAAGGAGAUGGCAUGCCAUCAGAAGUAUGUUACAAUUGCAUGCACCAACUGGAAAGCUCAUACAGAUUCAGACAGAAGUGUGAAGAAGCAGAUACUAAGCUUAGGAAACUACUGAGAGCUGCCAAAGAUGCGGAAACAAAUCAGCGAGAAUUUCAUGAAACUGACUUCGUCAGUGUCAAGAGCAACCUUUUUAACCUUCAAAUUACGGCAACAGAAACAACAGAAAAAUCGACCACAUUAUUUGUCUGCAGCUCUCCAAAUCACAGUAAUUCUGAGUUGAUUUCUUCGGAUAUAUUUCCUGUUAAUCAAAGCCUCUGUCCAACAUUGUCAGAUUCCACAACAAUAGAUUGUAAAUCAAGUUCUAACCCAGUCUGUGAUUUGAGUGAUUUGCUUAUUCCAAAUGUACAUAAAUCAUUGUGUAAUUCAUCACAGGUAGAUACUACUACAUCAGAAUGCGAAUUAGAAGCUGGUGAAAAACAACAAUCAGAUGACAGUUUGAAGGAAAUGGAAAAUUUGUCUUGUAGCGAAGUUCAUCCUGUUGUGGCAAGCACAGGUGAUAUCCAUUCUCAGGUAAAGAGUGAAAAAAAUACUCAAAAUUCAUUACAACUACCUGAAAAUUGUCAGAAUUCAAAUCCAUCAUAUACAGGAAAACAGCCAUUCAUAUUUUCUCCAACACUGAAAAAUGAAGAAAUUACAGCAGAACGUUUGGACGGCAGUAAAGCGCAUCUUGACAUGAAGGAGUUGGGAAAUGUGAACUGUGGUUCAUCUGGAGUGGUUCAGUGCAGGACUGUUUCUGAUUACAAACUGAUUUUCAAAUGUGAUAAAUGUCCCAAGAGGUUCAGCAAGAGACUAGACCUGAAGCGACACACUUCUGUUCACAAUCAGCAAAGAGGAUUUGUCUGUGGAAUAUGUGAAAAAUGGUGCCCUAAUCAAACAAAUUUCAAGCGACACGAGAGAACACAUACUGGUGAACGGCCAUUUUCCUGUAAAUACUGUUCAAAGAGUUUUUCACAGACUGCUAUACUUAACCGGCAUAUGAUGAUUCAUACUGGUGAAAAACCAUUCCAGUGCAACGCAUGUGGAAAGAAAUUUACUCAAAAAGAAAGUCUUAAAGUACAUUCAAGGCAACAUUUGUCUGGUAAUGAUAUCACGACCUUUCAGUACAAAUGUCCAUUUUGUGAAAAAUCUUUCCGCCACCAGUCUGGCCUUUCAAGACAUUUGAUGUCUCACACAGGAAAAACAUUUAGUUGUAACCUUUGUCCAAAAACAUUUACAGACCAAUCAUCUUUGAAAAGACACCUUAAACGACAUUUUGAAAUAAAAUCUUGAUGAAGCUUAAA